AUGAUCAUUAGAACCUUGAUUCUUUUGUUCGUGUUUCUUACCUGCUUCACCUCUAGCUCCCCAGCACCAAACUAUUCUCCUCAUUCUCAUACGAAAAUUUUCAAUCUCGAUAUUAAAAAAGUGCAGCUUGCUCCCGACGGCUUCACUCGUGAUGUCUUGACGAUAAACGGGACAUUACCGGGCCCCACUAUAAGGAUUACCAAGGGUGACCGAGUGAUAUUGAACGUUUGUAACGAAUUGGACGAACCUUCUACCAUACAUAGUCACGGAUUAUUCCAGCGAGGCACAAAUUGGUAUGAUGGCGUUCCGGGGGAAACUCAAUGUGGUAUACCUGCACACACAUGCUGGAAUUAUAACUUUAGUGUCCCUGAUCAGAGUGGGACAUAUUGGUAUCAUUCACACUUCAAAACCCAAUACGUGGACGGCAUAUUUGGUGCCUUCAUAGUUGAUGAUCCCGACGACCCCUAUCUUCAUGAAUAUGAAGAAGAAAUUGUUAUUAUAUUGCAAGACUAUUAUCACACCGAAGCCAGUGAACUUUUGAAAUAUUACUUGUCUCCCGCAAGUCAAGGUAAUGAACCCAUACCAGACAAUGGAUUAAUUAAUGGUCUGGGAAGGUUCAAUUGUUCUCUGGCACCUGAGGGGAGUAAGUGCGUAAAUAAUUUUCCAUUAGCCAAGUUCACUUUCGAGAGCGGUAAAGUUUAUCGGUUGAGAAUCAUAAAUACUAGCGCCUUCUCCGUAUUCUUUUUUUCAAUUGACCAACACGAACUUGAAGUGAUAGAAGCAGAUGGAACCUACGUGAAACCUGCGAAAGUUCACCGCCUUCCCAUAAAUGUGGCACAACGUUAUUCCGUCUUAGUUCGUGCAAAUCAAGUUCCAUCAUCCUACUGGAUGAGAUCUGAAUUUCAAGAGGAUUGUUUCCCCGUGUCGGCCGAUAAUCUCACCGAUACUGUCAGAGCUAUUGUCACAUAUAAAGAUUGUCCCGAAAAGCAUGAACCAAUAACUUCUGAUUGGAAAGAUAAUUUGACACAAUGCGUAGAUUUAAAACCCAGUUUAUUAAGACCGUUAUUUCCGGAAAAAAUCCCAACUUCUGAGAAAACGUUUAAAUUCGUAGUCACAUUUCAUAAUAACUCAGAAGGUGUCAAUACGGCAUAUAUUAAUAAUUCAACGUAUGAAAUUACACUGGACAGCCCCACCUUACAGGAAGUCUUUUACGGAGAGACUAAAUUUCCUAAAAGUCAGAAUGCUUACCUUAUCGAGAAGAAAGAACAUGGACACCAAUUUUGGAUACUAGCAGAAGGCAAUGGCACUGAUGUUAAAACUUCUAAAUUCAACACCAAGGAUCCGUUGAAAAGAGACACGGCCACUGUGCCUGCUCAGGGAUGGAUUGCAUUAAGAUUUGUAGCCGACAAUCCCGGCGUGUGGGCGUUCCAUUGUCAUAUAGAGUGGCAUGUGGAGGCAGGAUUGGUGGUUAAAUUUAUCGAGCUACCAGAUGAGAUCAAGAAGUUACAUCCACCGGAAUAUUGGAGUGGUUUGUGUUCCAUGCGAUAG